AUGACGGAAGUCAUCAUGUCACUGGCCGGGCCGCUGGCAGCCUGCGAUGUCUCUGGACCAGUCCUGUGUAGGGAAUGGCUCCUCAAUGACCAAUCCCAGCUUUUCGCGCGCUCAAAGGAGAAGAAUGCAAUGGAGCAAGUAGAGCUUUCAUGUCUUGCAAGACUGAGAAGGUGGCCUUUGUCAUCUUUAGCAAAUCUAUAUUUAAAUGAGCAAGAUGCUCUUCGCGAGGCAACCAAUUUGCGCAAUGCUUUUGGCGAGGCGUUGGUCGUAGUGUCCACACCGCCUCGUUUUGCUAGCAAAGAAGGAGUUGCCCUCUUGGCCUCGGUAGCUUCCGAGGCGAAGAUUCAUGUGGUUGUUGGCACAACACCUCCCGAGGACAAAGAGUUUGAAGUCCAAGUCGCCUCAGUCGUGACCGACUUGGCUGCAGGGAUAGGCCAAUUCUGGCCAGGUUUCAUCGGGGAAAUUGAGGGCACAGACCUUGGCGCUUUGGCUGUUGCCGUUGAGGCGCAAAGACGAUCACAGGCGCCCAUAUUGAUCACGGGGGAGGUGUCCGACGAUGCCUUCCGCAUUUUGGACGAUGCUAUCUGGAGGCGGUGUGCCUUUUUUGACGUUCCGAGCGAGCCGGCGUUGAUCGAGAUUCAGGCUCGGGGCGCAUUGAUUGGUUUCAGCGCGCCUCCAGGCGCAGCUGAUGUCUCGUGGCAGGAGUACCCCAUGCGGAGGCCGCUCAGGACGGAGGCCGACUUCCGCCACACGCGAAAGGACUUGGUGAGCUCAGGCGUGCGCUUCCGCACAGACCUGGCUGCCUUUGGUGGGCCAGGCCUUGGUUAUGCUUUGGAGCUUGCUUCUCAAGCAGGUGAUUCAUUGGAUGUGCUCAAGGCCAAGGCCUUAUCCUUUCUGAGCUAUCCUUGGGUUGCGCCUACUGCACCAGAGAAGGUCAUCCAUGAGGUUCAGUGUCAUUGGUGCGGAGUCAGGAAGCUUGAGGGCGAGCACUUCAGCAAAAUGG